CCAUCUUUAACUUCACUUUAAAGUACCACAUGUUCUUUGAGUACUUGAAAAAGAAUGUUUCCAUCCUUAUCUCAAUUACCAAUUGAGCCAUGAAGGCUAUCGUGAUCGACCAGUUCGUGUCGGACCUUGCUAGCUUAAAGCCUAGAGAAGCAUCCAUACCUCAACCCAAGGGCCCCAAGGAUCUCCACGUCAGGAUAACGCAUGCUGCCGUCACUCAUGUCGACACGCUUUACGCACAAGGGCUGCACCAGAACAAUCACCGCCAUGUGCAACCGCCUUUCAUCCUUGGAAAUGAAUUUGCUGGUAUCGUCACAUCAUCGCCCGCAUCUUCACCAUUCAGACCGGGAACAAGAGUGUUUGGCGGAGGGCUUGGGUCUUAUGCCGAAAGCAUAUGUGUGGAUGAAGGGAGUGUAAGGAGAGUCCCUGGUCGGUGGAGCAAUGCAGAAGCAUGCGCCGUUGGGGCCUCUGGAGCUGUGAGCUGGGGGAGCCUGAUCUCAGUGGCGAAUCUUCAGCAGGGAGAAACAGCAUUGAUACUUGGAGCUUCAGGAGGGCUGGGGGUGAUGGCUGUCCAAAUCGCAAAGGCUAUCGGCGCUAGAGCGAUAACCGUUGUUGGGGAUGAGGAGAAGGCCGAAAUGAUGAGGAAUCUUGGAGCAGAUGGGGUAGUCGACUACCAUGCGUCCAACUGGGAAGAUGAGGUCAAGGCACUGACAGAGGACGGUGAAGGAGUCCACGUAGUAUACGAUGCCAUUGGCGCUAUUGAGAGCGGCCUGAAGUGUCUGAGAUACAGGGGCCGGCUUGUGAUUGUCGGAUUCGCUGCCAGAGGAGGGAAGAUUGAGGAAGUGCGGGCUAACAGGAUUCUGCUGAAGUCCAUCACAGUGCAUGGCUAUCGGUUUGGCGAAGACGGAAGGCGCCUCCCCGAAAGAACGAAAGAAGCUUGGGAUGGAUUCAUGGGACUGGUGGAGGCUGGAAGGAUCAAGCCUGUCAUUUAUAAGGAACAGUACCAAGGCCUCGGAGAGAUAUGCCGCGCGUUGGAAGACCUGCAAAUGCACAAAACUUGGGGCAGAGCAAUAUUGAGGAUCAAUGAGGGGAUGGAAGUGGACAUUGAGACGGAAGCAGAGCAGAAAGCUAGACUUUGACGGAAAAAGUAGUUUGUGAAUGGAGGCAUAGAUGGAUUCCACAAUUGUGAUGCACAUACUUGGUAAAACGUAGUGUCUUCGACGAGUGGAUGAUGGUG